AUGCCCAGAGUAAGAGGACGCAGAGAUACAGUCGAAGAUCGAGAAGUGCCGAUACCAUUUGCCAGUCCUGUUAGAAUUCCGGCGAUCAACAUAAAACUACCUCAGUUUUGGAGCCAUGAUUCGGUGUUAUGGUUUGUUCAAGUUGAAGCAGUUUUCUCAAACUAUGGUAUCACCGACUCGAAGAUCAAAUAUAAUCACAUUAUUACUGCUUUGCCGCCUGAAACUGCUAGCUAUCUGAGAGAUAUUUUGGUAGACAAUACCUUCUCAAACUUUCAUGGUACAAAAAUGUCUUGCUCAAAGUGCGAUAAGGAAAUGUCAGCAGAAGAUGCAUCUUAUAAAAUCAUAUGUGAUAUUUGCAGUAAGCCGUAUUGUCUAAGAUGCUCUAAAAUUACAAAAUCUGAGGCAUAUGUAACCCGCCUUCAAGAGCGCACGAUGAUAUUUUGCUGCAGAGCAUGCAAUUCUGAUGAUCUAACAAACUGUAUAAAAACCCAAAAAUUGGUUAGGGGGGAGAUUGAAAGAUUCAACAAGCUAUACACAAGUACUCAUUCGGAAAUAAUUAAAGCUGUGUCACAAGACCUGUCCAAAAAUUUGUUGGAGGUAGUGAACCAAGCUAUAGCUACUCCAAUUCAGGAAACUAUGGAUAAAAAAAUGCAAGAUUUUGCACGGAUGAAAAAACGAAAUCAAGACAAAUUUCCUGCCCUAGAUCAAACCUUCCUAAAGGAAAUGUUUCUCCAUCAUCUUCCGUCAAAUAUCAAGAUAGGGUUACUUGCUCUAAAGGACAGUUCAGACAUCAGAGAACUUGCAAAAAUGGCUGACAAUAUUUUUGAAUCUUUUGAUCAGCAAUCAUCAAUAUCUGCAAAUGGAAUUAAUAAAUCAUCGGGAUUAAAUGAAAAAUUUGACAAACUAUCAAACGAAGUAGCUGAGCUGAAGAAACUUGUUGAAUCAUCUACAAGACAACCUAAAAGAUCAGUCAAUUCAACAAGUCCCACAGAGAACUGUAUCUGUUGGUAUCAUAGUAAUUAUGGGAAGAAGGCAAAGAAACAAUCUUGGCCUUCAGUUACUUUUAACAAGACGCCGGUGCCCCGCCCUACAAGGAACAUAUCGCAACAUUUACACGAACUUUUUAGGGAAGAUGUUCCAUUUACCAAUGGACCUGUUAGGUAG